GGCGGGCGGGGAGUGCCGGGGCUCCCUCCCUCUGUCGCUCCCCCGCCCCCGGGCGGGCCCGGCCGGCCUUUCCCUCCCUCCCCGGGCAGCUGCGGGAGCAGCAGCGCGGGUGGUGUCUCUUCCGCGCCCAGCCCGCGGGAGCGGAGUGUUCGUGUCCGUCCGUCUGUCCGCGCCUCACGGCCCCGACAUGUUCCAGCUCCUGCAAGGCUUCGUUCUGCCGGCGGCCGCCUGCGACGGGAACAGGGAUGGCGACUCCCGGUACGCCAACCUCUUCAGGAAACUGGACCUCAACGAGGACGGGAGGGUGGACAUCGCCGAGCUCCAGACGGGCCUCCGGGCCAUGGGCAUCCCGCUGGGGAAGGAGGCUGAGGAGAAAAUUUUUAAAGCUGGAGAUAUUAACCAGGAUGGACAGCUGGAUUUCGAAGAAUUUAUGCAGUACCUUAAAGAACAUGAGAAGAAGAUGAAACUGGCGUUUAAGAGCCUGGACAAAAACAAUGAUGGAAAAAUUGAAGCAUCAGAAGUUGUCCAGUCCCUCAAGAUACUCGGUAUAAACAUUUCAGAAAAACAGGCAGAAAAGAUCUUGCAAAGUAUUGAUGCUGAUGGGACAAUGACAGUAGAUUGGAAUGAGUGGAGAGAUCAUUUUAUGUUUAAUCCAGCUACAGACAUUGAGGAAAUAAUUCGAUAUUGGAAACAUUCCACUGUGUUGGAUAUAGGAGAUAGUUUGACUGUUCCAGAUGAGUUCACAGAGGAAGAGAAAAAGACUGGACAGUGGUGGAAGCAGCUGUUGGCAGGAGGAGUGGCUGGUGCUGUCUCCCGGACAGGUACAGCACCGUUAGAUCGCCUUAAAGUGAUGAUGCAGGUUCAUGGUUCAAAAUCAAACAAAAUGAAUAUAGCCAGUGGUUUCAAGCAAAUGUUAAAAGAAGGUGGUGUCCGAUCCCUUUGGAGGGGAAAUGGUGUAAAUGUUGUGAAAAUAGCUCCUGAAACAGCUAUUAAGUUCUGGGCUUAUGAACAGUAUAAGAAGAUACUCACUAAGGAUGAUGGAAAGCUGGGCACUGUUGAAAGAUUUAUAUCUGGUUCUUUGGCUGGAGCAACAGCACAAACUUCUAUUUAUCCCAUGGAGGUUUUAAAGACCAGAUUGGCUGUGGGUAAAACAGGGCAAUAUUCUGGGAUGUUUGACUGUGCUAAGAAGAUUUUAAAAAGAGAAGGUCUAAAGGCUUUCUACAAAGGCUAUAUUCCUAAUAUUCUGGGUAUAAUUCCUUAUGCUGGCAUUGACCUUGCUGUUUAUGAGCUCUUAAAGAGUACAUGGCUAGAACACUAUGCAUCAAGCUCUGCCAACCCAGGUGUUUUUGUAUUGUUGGGAUGUGGAACUGCUUCCAGCACAUGUGGGCAGUUAGCCAGUUACCCUCUGGCUCUUAUCAGAACACGCAUGCAGGCUCAAGCCUCAGUGGAAGGAGCUCCACAGCUAAGCAUGGUUGGUCUCUUUCAAAGAAUUAUUGCUACAGAGGGACUCCGAGGACUUUACAGGGGCAUAGCCCCUAAUUUUAUGAAAGUGCUUCCAGCUGUCAGCAUCAGCUAUGUUGUAUAUGAAAAAAUGAAGCAGAAUUUGGGAAUAGCAUGAGAUGAAGGAAAAAGGUGAGAUGCUUCUAAUGUUGUUGGAAACACCAGAAUAAUAAUGUUUUCUCAAGUAAUCUGCUCUCACAGUUCGAGGCAGAUCUUCGUGAAGAGAUGCUGCAACUUCUACUUAUGUCCUUAAGUGGGAAGAAACUUCCUUAAAUUUUAGUUCACCAUUUCUAAACAGAUACCUAUAUUGCACUUUAAAAUGUCACUGAGUUGAAAAAAAAAUCAAGAAACUGUCUUUAAAUCAAAAAUAUGUUUUUAUUUUUAGGAAAUCAUGCAUAUUUUGCUCUCUCUUUUUUUUAUUUCUCUUUUCUAAAUGUGUAUUUGUCUUGGAUCAAACCAAAGGUAGGAGAAGUUUAUACUGCCUUGAUACUGAAUAUAUGAAAGUAUGAAAGUGACUUUUUGUUCUGUCAUGCUGCCUAUACUCAGGCAAUUCACAGGCAACAUUUUGCAUGCCUAGAAGUAAGCACUUUUAUUAUUUUUGAAGACUGAAUGUUAAGUUCAUAAGAAAUAGGAUCUUGGAUACAGACAAGGAUGGAGUUACACAUAACUAGGUAGUCUAUCACCUUUUAUCUUCAGGCAGACCUUUUUUUUCUGUUAGUUAAAGAGCCUGACAAACUGCUGUUCCAUGGUAUCAGGAUACCUCAAAUGGAUUUACACGGUAUUUUUGUAAUACAGUCAGCGACUUUGAUAACUUGCUUCACUGGACCUGCUUUUCAUUGCACCUGUAAAUGUGAGCACCAUUAACCAUGGCAAGCUUUGGGUUACAGCUGCAUGUUUUAUUGGAGCAUAAUACACAGGAAUAGAAAAAGCUUUUGGUUAUUAUAUCCAUUCCAUACAAGUGCAAGUUGCUGUUUAAAAACAGGGUGGCAGAUCCGGUAUUAAGCUGGGUGGUGAUUGUAGUACAGGCAAUAGCAGAGAUCUUCAUAGCUGCCUUGAGAAGAGAAAUGCUUCUCAUUUUGGACUUUCCAUUCUUUCCCUUAUUCAGAGGGCUGCAGUCCACUAUGUGCUUUUAGCCACAGAGGAUUGCAUUAUUAUGUAAUGGUUUUACAGGUCUGUCAUGCACGAUAAAUCCUCUUUCCCUCUCUCUUCCGUACACAGUGGCUGUGUGUGUGAAAUUCAGACAGCGAAAUACCGAAGUGUUUUGUCCAGGUGACCAACUGGCAGUGCUGAUCUCAGGUGCCCAUCAGAUUGAUGUUCAUGUAGCAAGCAAAGCAUACAUAUAGACCUUGUUAGUGCUUGAGAAACAGCUCCUUGUCAAAAAACAAAGCAGCACUUCCUCAAUGCAGAAAGUUAAGCAUUUCCAAGUACUUCCAAAGUGACUUUUUUUAUUUUUUUGAGGGGCACACAUUUCAGUUGCCUUCAGGCCUGAACACUGAAAUAGAUUAACAAUUAUUACUGAACUCAUUCCUUAGGCUUUUUCUGCUUUCUGUAAUGUGUGGUGUCUUAAUCUUAGUAAAUUCAAGAUUAUACUUACCUUGACCUUCUAAAAGCAACUGUUCUUAGACCACUUCCUGAAAUUGGAUUACCGAAGGAAGAACUUUGUUCCUUUAAGGUCAUUAAGGGUCUCUUUUUUAAUUCUUUUUCUUGGGGGUGGGUUUCUUUGGUUGUUUAGGGUUUUUUAAACAAACGAAUAAGCAAGCAUAAAUAAUUGCCUGAACCUCCCUUGUUCCACAUACUAUUUGGGCCAUAUUUUGCAAACAGCAGUCACACGUAAAUCUGUGAUCAGUGCUUCCAUGGCUGCUGUUUAUUCCAUAAACUGAUAUAUAACAACUCCAUAAAACCUGUAUUAUAAAAUGUUGUUUUCAUCAGAUUUCAGAAAAUGGCAGCUUUAGCUGUGUAUUUUGGCCUUCCCUUUAGGGAAACCUUGGACUUUGCACUUUUUAAAAAAACAAAAAACAAAAAAACAAAAACCAAAAAAUCCAAAUCGUUCAUAUGUAUAAUGCCUUUCUAAUCUGAGUGUUUCUUGGUUUUGCCAAUAUUGUUGUAUCUUUGUGGGAUUUGUGAGAUCAAUUGCUGAUCAUUUUGUUUGACUGUGACCAAUGAGCAAAUGUAUUGUGUGUGUGUGAUGUAAAGAUGACUUUAGCAGUUUCUACUUCUAGACUUCCUCCAUUUUGUUUAUAGUGUGCAAGUGCCAUUAUGAGUAUUGAAAAUUAUGGUGAUCUUUUCAAAUGUUGAAAAGAUGGGAUGUUUCAAAUUUGUUUUUUCAUUAUGUGCCUUGAUGAUGACUGUGUUCAAUUGUGUAUUCUUUGUCUCUUAAAUGUAUGACCUUUUUAGCUUUAUAAAACUACCAAUAAAUCUUUGUUUCCUUAUCUGGC